AUGCGGUUCGCUCAAGCGCUCGGCGCUGCCGCUCUGGCUUCUCUCGCCUCACUCGCGACUGCGUCCUCUCCCAUCCUUGCGCAAUACUGGCCGGCAUACAACUCCGAGCAGCAGUCUGUCAGCCAGAUUCCUUGGACGUACAGCUCGAAGAACGGGAUCGCCUACUACUUUGUCACCAUCACUACGAAGGACGGCUUCGAAGUCCCGGCGGAUCAACCCAAAACCGACAUCAACAAGUUCGUGUCGGCCGCCAAGGCCAACGGCGUUCGACCCGUCUUCUCUGUCGGCGGGUGGGACGGCAGUAUCCACUUCAGCGACCUCGUCAAGACAGCGAGCAAGCAAGCAACCUUCGCCAAGCAGAUCAAGAGCUUUAUGGACAAGUACGGCUUCGUGGGCGUCGAUCUGGACUGGGAGUACCCGAACGGCGUCGGCAUCGGCUGCAACGCUGUCAGCGGAGACGACUCCGCCCAUCUCCUAGCCUUCCUCAAAGUCCUUCGUAGCCAGAUUGGCUCGUCAAAGCUCAUCACGGCGGCAGUCUCCACGGACGGCUUCCUGGGCGCGAACGGUAAGGCGCUCUCGGACUUCAAGCCGUACGGGCAGUACCUCGAUUACAUCAACCUGAUGACUUACGACAUUGCCGGUUCGUGGUCGUCGACGACUGGACCGGAUUCGCCCCUGCGCAAGUGCUCGAGCGACAGCAGCGUGCAGACUGCCAUCAAGCUGUGGACGUCUCGAGGAUUCCCAGCGAGCAAGAUCCUUCUCGGCGUGCCCGCCUACGCCAUCAGCUUCACGACGAAGUCGUCGUCACUCUCGACGACCAAGAUCAACAACAAGUGGUCCAGCAAGGCGUACCAGCCUUGGACGGGCGUCGUCCCGAUGGGCGCUCCCGGCGACUCGAACGCCCCGACAACGGAUGUCUGCGGCACAAAGACGGCGGCCUACUCGGGACAGUGGCAGUUCAAGGACCUCGUUGCCAACGGCCUCGUGAGCAGCGACGGUAUGCACGGCAAGAACGGCUACAAGCGCUACUUCGACCAGUGCUCGCAGGCUCCCUUCCUCUUCAACCCUUCGAAGAAGCACUACAUCUCGUAUGAGGACUCGAGGAGUGUCGCGGUCAAGACUGCCUACGCAAAGCAGCAAGGCCUCGGUGGUGUUUUCGUCUUCGACUCGGCCGGCUUCACCAAUGAGGUUUACUCGUCUCUCAGGUCGAGUCUUUACUCUCGCAAAUCUCGUCGGCACGAGCUCCCCGCUCUUCACGCUUAA